GCUUUAGAAGAAGAGUAUUUUCCAGCGCACUCCUCCAUCAUGUCCUCUCCACUGCGCACCAUGAUUUCGCGCCUCUCGCUCUUUCGUCCGGCUCACACCAGAUAUGCCGCUGCUGCUCACUUUCAUGCAACGUCAAACUGCAGUGGCGCAAGAGUCGCUGUUGUGUUGUCUGGAUGUGGUGUUUUUGAUGGCACUGAAAUCCAUGAGGCGUCAGCAAUCCUGGUGCAUCUGAGCCGUGGAGGUGCAGAGGUUCAGAUGUUUGCUCCUGAUGUAUCUCAGAUGCAUGUAAUAGACCAUGGCAAAGGUCAGCCUUCGGAGACCGAGUCGAGGAAUGUCUUAUCUGAAUCGGCACGUAUCGCCAGGGGCAACAUCACUGAUCUGGCCAAGCUGAGUGCCAGUAAUCACGAUGCCAUCAUCUUCCCUGGUGGUUUUGGUGCAGCUAAAAACCUGUCCACAUUUGCCAUUGAUGGGAUGGAUUGUGAGGUGAAUAAAGAAGUGGAGCGGGUUUUAAAGGACUUCCAUAAAGCAGGAAAGCCUAUUGGGUUGUGCUGUAUUUCUCCUGUGCUGGCUGCUAAAGUUCUCCCUGGUGUAGAUGUGACAGUGGGUCAUGAGGAGGAGCAAGGUGGGAAGUGGCCAUAUGCUGGUACCACACAAACCAUCACUGCACUGGGAGCCAAACAUACUGUGAAAGAUGUCACUGAAGCUCAUGUGGACCAGAAGAAUAAGGUGGUGACGACACCUGCGUUCAUGUGUGAUACAAAGCUGCACUUGAUUUUUGAUGGGAUCGGUGCCAUGGUGAGAGAUGUCCUGAAGCUCAGCGGGAAGUGAAAAUUCAGCCAGUAUAUCAGUAUCUUUACAUUCACUGCAUUGAGUUCAUCAAUCAUAUAGGAUAUGUGUAAGACACCAUCAAUUAAAACAUAGUAAACUUAAGUUGCAGUCUUUUGACAGACAUUACUAAUCAAACGUGUCUGCCUGACAUUAUUAAAUGGUAUUUAGCUGAAUGUCCAGCAGAGGGCACUCUCUGAUUUUUUAAAUGUUUGAAAAAAGAAAUGUGAAAUGAAAUAACCUCUAGAUUUGUCUGUUGUGAAAUAUUUCAAUUGUAUUUGCAAUUUAAUGUAAUAAAUACUUGAAAUGAAUAUUAGGUCAAAGUACAACUUACAAUGUACCAAAACAGCUUGAUGUGCAUGUUAAUUAUAUUUAAGUAGACACUGUGUGUGUGUUGAAAUAUGAAGUUUGAAAGAAUAAAGAAUAUAUAAUUUUGUUAAA